GUCACCGCCAUCGUCGCGGCGUCGACGAAGGCGGGACCCACCACUACAGCCAUGGACUGCGAUACAGGGUGCAUGAAAUUAGGCUUAGCAGUUGGAAUCUCUUGCAGACAACCACCACAGCUUCUUGCUAGAUUUACAGUCAGAUGGGGCGUAGCUGGACAAUCAAGAUUUGAGAAUUCCGCUUCCGCGCAGGCGGCCGCUUCGUGUAUGCAGGACAUCUCAUAA